AUGGAGCUCCUCUACGCUCAGGGGAUGCUCGACAACACGCAGGGCAGGGAAUUUCGAAGCCCCGCGCUCAAGGAGCUUCUACACAAGCUCCGGGAGCUCGCGUACAGGGCUGACGACGUGCUUGACGAGCUUGACUACUUCCGCAUCCAGGACGCGCUCGAAGGCACUUACCACGCCACCGCCGACUUGGAUGCACAGGGCUGCAUUGAUGGCCUCGUCCUCAAUGCUCGGCACACUGCCAGGGCCACCGCUCAUAAGCUCAGGCUCUCACCAUGUUCGCCUGGUGCUAGUGCUAGCCGUGGCGAUCCCGGCGACGAAGCAGAAGGUGGGGGGAAACAAGGAUGCCUGUUUAGCAUCCGCACUCGUGGCAGGCAUCAAAUCAGCUCCCCACCAGCGUCACCCACCAACAAUGGUGGAUGCAUUUCCAAGGUUAUUUCUCGUGCUCGCAGCUCUGCCCACAUUAUCGGUAAGAAUCUCACAUGCUACUCUUUCCCGUCCGUCGACCACGAUGACGAUACCAUGUUGGAACGACGGUUCCUUUGUGGCGCCUGGCAGUCCAAGGCAGUACAGAGAAAUCAUGUAGUGCAAACUCCAAAAAAGGAAUUUGAUAGGGUGGGGAUGUCCCAUAAGAUGAUAGAAAUAGUGGAGCAGCUGAAAGCCCUAUGUGGAAAGGUCUCCACCAUCCUCAGUCUAGAGCUAUUGGGUUCUAGUCGUACCUCUAACCAAGACAGUACUAUGAACAGACCCAAAACCACCCCAAAUAUUGUAGAGUCUGAGUUAUAUGGGAGGGAUGGCCAGAAAAAGAGCAUCGUGGAUGAUAUUACACAUGGUAAGUAUUGUACAGAUGAACUUACUGUGGUUCCACUUGUUGGUCCGGGUGGUAUUGGGAAGACAACACUCACACAACACAUAUUUAGAGAACUCGAGAGUUCUUUCCAAGUUUCAGUUUGGAUAUGUGUCUCUCUCGAUUUUAAUGCAGAUAGGUUGAUACAAGAGAUUGUGAACAAGAUCCCUAAAGUGAACGGUGAAAAGGAUAAUGCUAGCAACCAAGAGUUAAUUGAACAAAGAUUAAAAUCUAAGCGGUUGUUGCUUGUUUUAGAUGAUGUGUGGACAUAUCAUGAGGAUGAGUGGAAAAAACUAUUAGCUCCAUUGAAACAUAAUGAUGGAGAAAAGGGUAAUGUGGUUAUAGUCACUACACGAAUUCCAAAGGUAGCAAGUAUGGUCACCACAACUAAUUCUUCAAUCAACGUGGAACGUUUAAGUCAUGAGGAUACUAUGUCUUUCUUCGAAGUAUGUGUAUUUGGUGACCAACGACCAUGGGAAGACCAUCCUGAAUUACGUGAUGUUGGGAAUAGAAUAGUAACAAAAUUGAAGGAAAGUAGAGAAUGGGAAUUACAGACCAACGACAUUGACAUUAUGCCUGCCCUAAAGCUUAGCUAUGAUUAUCUCCCUUUUCAUCUACAACAAUGUUUUUCCUAUUGUGCAUUGUUUCCAGAAGAUUAUGAAUUUGGUAGCAAAGAGUUGACUCACUUCUGGAUAGGACUAGGCAUUAUAAGGUCACAUGAUAAGGCCAAAAGAACAGAAGGUGUUGCACUGUGCUAUUUAGAUGACUUGGUAAAUCAUGGAUUCUUUAGAAAGAAUGAGAAAGAAAAUGGUCCUCGUUAUGUUAUUCAUGACCUACUGCAUGACUUGGCAGUGAAGGUUUCAUCAUAUGAAUGCCUUUGCAUAUAUAGUUCUAAUGUGAGGUCCAUACAAAUUCCUGCAUCUGUACGUCACUUGUCCAUUAUUGUAGAAAAUACCGAUGUCAAAGAUAUAAUCACUUUUAAAGAAUACAACAGUUAUUUGAGUGCACUAGGUAAAAGAUUGAAAGUUCAGAACUUACGCACUUUAGUGUUGUUUGGUGAAUACCAUGGAAACUUUGCCAAAACUUUUAGGGGUUUAUUUAGGGAAGCUAGAGCCUUGCGCACUAUUUUUCUGUCUGGUGCAUCAUAUUCUGUGGACGCUGUGUUGCUGGACUUUUCAGAACUUGUCCAUCUUCGCUACCUAAGGAUCAAAUCAGUUCGUAAUAAGGACAUGUGCUUACCUAGUGCAUUGUUUAGAUCCUAUCACUUAGAGGUAAUUGAUCUAGAAAGUUGGGGCGGCAGCUUUGGUUCAACAAGUCAAAUGAGCAGCCUUGUAAAAUUGCGUCAUUUUGGUGUGCCGGAAGAUAGUCUUAAACUUCACUCUAGCAUAUGCGAGGUUGAGAAACUUAAAUUCCUAGAGGAACUGAGGAGAUUUGAAGUGGGAAAAGAAACCAAGGGUUUUGAACUAAGUCAACUAGGAGAACUGACAGAGCUUGGAGGAUCACUUGGCAUUUAUAAUCUCGAAAAGGUGCAGAAAAAAGACGAGGCAAAUGAACUAAAACUGAUACACAAAAACCACUUGCACAAGUUAAUACUAGAAUGGUGUAUUGAUGGACCUAACAAGAAUGCAGAACAAGAAGAACAUGUCAUUGAAAGUCUCGUACCACACAGUAAUCUGCAAGACCUAUGCAUUAGAGGACAUGGAGGUGCUAAUUGCCCAUCAUGGUUGGGCAGGUACCUCUCAGUUGAAAAUUUAGAAUCUCUUUCCCUAUGUGACGUAUCUUGGAGCACACUUCCCCCUCUAGGGAAGUUGGGGUUCGUUGCUGGUGAAGAGUGGCAGAGUCAUGUCUCAAGCCAAAGUUUCCAUAUUUUGAAAAGGCUGGAAAUAGUUAACAUACCAAAACUACAAAAAUGGGCUGGAAACGAACCUUGUCAUUUGUUCUCUGUUCUAGAGGUGGUCAUCUUUAUAGAUUGCCCUGAACUCGUGGAAUUGCCAUUUUCACACCCUAGUAGCUAUCAAGCAAAGCACGACGAGAAUAUGUCUUGGUUUCCUAAACUACGGGAGCUCAAGAUUAUACGCUGCCCCAAAUUGGCGUCAUUGCCUCCAAUUCCUUGGACCAAAGCUCCAUGCUCAGUUGAGAUAGAACAAACAGGACCAGUAUUUGGGAAGCUAGUGUACUCGAAGAACUACAAAUCGGAAUUGAGUUUGAAAGUUGAGGGAAAAGACUGUCAGCAUGGUGCGUUGUGGAAUGGGCUGGCAUUCCAUAAUCUAGCUGAUCUGAAAGACCUGAAGGACUGUGGUACUGAUGGAAAGGAACUGACACUACUGUUGUCUUAUUUCCCGAAGCUCACUGUGUUAGUAAUGAGAAGUUGUGAGAAGAUAACAGAGCUUGGUGUGGCGGUGCUUCAGACGGAGAUGACGACACCAUCAUCUUCAGGUAAUGAAGUUGAAAUUGAGCAUGCACAAGAUGGGCACCAUCAGACAAGAGGAGAGGAGGUAGAAGAUGCAGCAGCAGGAGGAGGUCUGCUGCUCCUACCUCGCCAACUACAGGAGUUGAACAUCGAUGCAUGCAAAGAGCUGCGGUUACUCUCUGCUUCACUUGGCAAGGACAGCACACACGGAGGAGGGCUCCAGAGUCUCUGCUCCCUCCAAUGGUUGGGCAUAUCUGGUUGCCCCAGGUUCCUCUCGUCCUAUUCGUCCUGCGCCUCAUCUUGUUUCCCCUUCCCGACCUCCCUGCAACAACUCAUGGUGUGGCGCGUGGAGGGCAUGGAGACGCUGGCUCCCCUCUCAAAUCUCAUCUCUCUCACCAGUUUAUACAUGCCUGAUUGUGGGGAUCUAAGAGGCGAGGGCUUCUGGCCUCUCAUCGCCCAGGGCCACCUCACACGAUUAAACAUCUGUGGAACCCCAAAAUUCUUCACUGGUUCAGAGCCCUCAUGGCCGCAUGACCAAGAGAUUCCUUCCUCUUCAUCCAAACUCGAAAAUCUGUCGACAGAUGACUGGGCGGGAGUCCUUACUGUGCCCAUCUGCAGACUCCUCUCUUCCGCCCUCACUGAGUUAAACUUUUGUUACAACGAAGAGGUGGAGCGCUUAACAGAGGAGCAAGAGGAGGCCCUUUACCUCCUCAAUAGCCUCCAGAAACUUGUGUUUUCUCACUGCAGGAAGCUGCAGCACCUCCCUAUGGGGCUAACCAAGCUUGCCAGCCUCAAGAUAUUACAGAUCCGGUGGUGUCCAGCCAUUCAGUUGCUGCCCAAGCACGGACUGCCAAGUUCUCUACAAGAAUUAUAUAUCAGAAACUGUCCGGCCAUCAAAUCUCUGCCCAAGGACGGCCUGCCAAGUUCACUACGAAAAUUACAAGUAUUUGAUGGCAUCAGCGAGGAGCUUAAAAGGCAGUGCCGCAAGUUAAAAGGAACCAUUCCAAUCAUCAUAGACUAUGCCAUCUACUACUAA